GCCUCACAAAAUAAUUGUUUGCGUGAAUAGAAAUCUUGCAACGUCCAUGUCAGGGAUCUAGUUCCAGCGUGAAACUUUUUAACACUGAGCAGACGAAGGCCGAAAUUGAAAGGUCUUAGCUCGCAUACCUCGUACGGAACUGUUUGAUCGUACCCCUCCUACCAGCCACACCACACAGUAUGGCAGUCUGUGACGACCCGUCACAUUGUAUAGGAGGGUUGACUUUUUGGUUCAUGUCGGACCAUGUCCAUCAAGCACCUGGUAAUUAGUAAUUUCCAUCAAGGAACCCCCCAAACCUCAACCUUGUCAUCACAAGCCGACGCGUCUCCCUGUCCGACAACAGAUGCGCAAAAAGUUUCUUUAAAUGAUCAAGCACAACGCACACAGGAUGUUCGUGGGUAGAUACCGCUCAGGCAUCCAUCCCAUCUUUUUGAGUUCUCACCUGAGAUGGUAACGAGACAAUUGGCGAAUAGAAAGAACAGACUGGUCUGGACUAUCAUGACCUGGAUGAUGACCUGCCUUGUCCCACUGUCGUCUGUGUGCGGAACAAACACAGCCGAGUCCCUGGAAUCCCUGAUGCGCCUGCGCAGGAAGGGGAUCUCUUGUAGCAGGGGGAAAGCGUCUGCUGCCAGAAAUUUAGUAAGACCCAGCACUGAAUACGAUUAAUCAGAUAAUGAGUAAAUAAAAAAAACAAAUGCGUGUCGCAGUUGUCCUCCCAGAGAAGAAAUCACAUUGCCUAAUUUGGUCACCCACUGUCUCAU